CGUGUGAAUUAUUCCACAAUAAUUAAUCGGGCAAAAAUCUUUGAAAAUGUCUGAGAUGGAUGUUAGUGAAGGGGGGAAUGAUUAUUCCAAUGAUUUGCUGCUUCUGGAUCGUGUGUUUCUCCGUUUGGGUAACGCGGAUUCCGACGACCAACUCGAGAGUUGUCUCACUAGAUUUCUACCUCCUGUUAUUCUUAAGCUGUCCUCAACCCAUGAACAGGUGCGGACGAAGGUGAUGGAACUGUUAGUCCAUGUGAACAAGCGAGUUAAAUGCCGUUCCAAUGUACAGCUGCCAGUGCAGCCAUUGCUUCAACUUUACAAGGACCCUGCUGCCAACAGCUUCAUUAUUAAUUUCUCAAUAAUAUACAUAACAAUGGGAUUCCCAAGGCUGCCACGCGACCAACAGCUGGCUCUAGCUCCUUCCCUGAUUGAGGCCAUUGAGAACAAACCUCAGGGACAUCAGGAUGGGAUCCUCAUGUUACUUAUGCCUCUACUUGGUGAAAUAAAGGAAACUCAAUUGAACUUGAAAGAAAAACCUAAAGUUGCCAUGCUUAUUUUGAGAUUUGCUACAGACGUUCUACUUUUACCAUACAGAGCGCUACCCAUCGCAGGUGAGAGCGAAUUUCAAGUUCCACCUGGGAUGAGUUUGAAAACAUACAAGAGACUUGUCGAUAAGAACCAGCUGAAUCCUGAACAAUUGGAAGAGAUGAAACUGUCCAUUGUUAACUUCAUAAGCAAGGACAUCUUCAAUAUGAAGGACGUGUUGUUACCGCUGAUCGUCGCUGCCGCUGACUCCCGAUUCAGUAUUGCCAACCACGCCAACAGCCCCCUUAUCAGGGUUGCCAGUUCCGUAGACUGGUCGCAGCCGUCAGUUGUGUCGCCGUUGUACGCACUGUAUCUGGGUACGUGGGGAGGCUUGAAAGUACCUCCUGAUGAUCGCAAGGUACCGGCGUGUACAAGACUUCGUUUGAAGUUAAUUCAUUACCUGAAUAAAGCAACGGGACCUGCGAUUUUAUUUCCUCAUUGUGUACAGACAAAGUCAGCAUCUGCUGACGUCGGCGACGAAACCAACCUGGAGAAGGUAGCUGUUGUAUUCCGGAAGGGUUUGCUUAAUUUUGUGAGACUUGAUGAGCAUGCUGAACACCAUCCUAAGGCUUAUAUGUGUUUGGGUCGUCUAGCGAUGAAAUGUCCUACCAGCAUCAAUAACCAGUUAGCACUAUUGGAAGAGCUUCUCAAAAAAAUUCCGGAUGCUGUCCCAGAGAUCAAGACUGCCCUGCGCCACUGUAUCCUGGAAAUGGCGGUGGCUUAUAAAAUCACACCUGAAAGUCAACCGGAGGCAAUGGACGUGUCACCUAUGGAGGAACCGGGCACUUCCAAGGCGUCGGAAAGCAAGAAAAGCAGGCCCAGCCCGCUUGAUGAACCGCAGGCAUUAGCGCUGUUUGCUCUCUUGGAUCACUACAUGCACAGUGACGAAUCUAUUAUUCGGUAUGUCGCGAUGAGGUACGCCGCGACUGUUUUUCCGCAGGACUACAUACCUGCGCGGUACUUGUUACUGCUAGCGAGUGGAGAUAGCCAAGACGAUAUUUCAACCGAAGCCCUAAAAUAUCUAUAUGGCACAUCCCGUCUGAGUGAAAUAGAAGAUGUAGUUAACAACGUAUCCAGAAAAGAGACAAACGCAGUCAAUAUAGACGUGGAGGGAUCUGAUAAAGAAAAGGAUAAACCGCAGGAAGUAAUAGAGUUCAAAGUGCCAAAGUUUAACGACGUAGUCAGUUAUAUUUGGGAUCAAAUACAAAAGAGGAAACAGGGGUCAAAUGCUAAACACAGAUUUGUUAUUAACAAUCAGGUGUUGCAGUUUCAUCCUUUGACCUACCAUGAGAUUUUAAGAUAUUUGCGAAUGUGUCUUAAUCGUGAUGCAGAUCUGAAGGACUGCUCUAAUCAUCCUAAUGCUACGUCACCGUUACUUGCUAAAUACUUUUACGAAAACUUGCUGGAAACAGAUAUAUUGCAGGAAUAUCUCACUAUGAUUACUUCAUUGCUUAACUCUAGUCCAGAUGUCAUGCCGCUGACUUGUUUCCUUGACAUCGUUGGCUGCGUCCCUGAAAAGAUGGCUUCGAAAUACACAAAUCUUCUCCCGUUCUUCAAAAAUCUCUUCACAACUAGUACCAAAGAAGAGGUUCGCGAUAUAGCUGCAGUUAUUUACGCAAUUAUUAAUGUUCAUACGAGUGAAAAGUUGGCAAUAGACAAAGAAAUCCAAGAGUUUGUAGUGCAAGGGCAAAACAAUAAGACUUUGGAGACUCAGUGUGGUUAUUUAUCAGCAUUCGCGAAUUUGUGCGAGAGAUGUAUUGUAUUAUCAAAAAAAGGAAAGUUUGGUGGUAAAGGAUUUAAACCGGAGAAUUGGGAACCAUAUCAAGUGGGAGCGUUGUGUUUAGCUAACUUCCUCGCCGACUCCCACGCUUUGCUAGUAAGCACAUCAUGUUCUGCUGUGUCUCUUCUCGCCCGUUGUAGCGGCUUGCCCCUGCCCAACUUUUCCCCAAAACAGGAAUCUCUCCUACAAACCGACAACCCAUUCAACAUCAACAAGAAUGACGUCAUAGACAUUGAUGAUGUCGUUACAAAGUACACAGUAGCUGACAGAUUGUUCAAGAUAGUCAGUAAUGCCAAAUUGCCGUCGAAAGUUAAAGAAAAGGCGUUGUUUACACUGGGGCUUUUGUGUUGCGGAGAACGCUUCCCAUUUGCAAAGCAAAUUGUUAAAGGGUUCUUGCAAAUGGCUAAAGAUAGUAAGGAAUUCGAAAUACAUUUACAAAUCGGAGAGUCACUAGUUCUGUGCGUCGAAGGAGUGAACUCCAAUGAAAGCAGGGAUCUGUGGAGUGAACUACCUAAAGAGGGAGAAGCGAAGAUUCGAGAUUAUGAAGCUCUUAAAGAAAAUGAUGAGCUUCUUGAGUGGUUACUCAAUGAAUUAUUCAGAAUCGGAAAACAUCCCCAUCCACACUCACGACAGGCAACCAGUAUUUGGCUGCUAGCAUUAUUGAAGGACUGUCCUGAACGCGUACCUGUGAAGAAUACGCUGCAGAAUCUGCAAGACAUGUUUAUGGAUUUCCUCUCUGAGAAUAGUGAAAUAGUACAAGACGUAGCAAGUAAAGGCCUCAGUCUCGUCUACCAGAACUCUGAUGAGAGUCAAAAGCAAGCGUUAGUGGCCCAGAUCAUAGAUCAGUUGACAAGCGGUAAGCGUGCUGUCGCACAGGUCACUGAGGACACUAAGAUAUUCGAAGAGGGACAGCUGGGAAAUGCUCCUACUGGUGGCAACCUAUCAACAUAUAAAGAGCUAUGCUCUUUGGCUUCAGAUCUGAACCAACCGGAUCUAUUGUACAAGUUCAUGCACUUAGCUCAUCACAAUUCGCUUUGGAAUUCUAAGAAAGGUGCAGCCUUCGGUUUCCACUCAAUAGCUUUGCAAGCUGGAGUUCAAUUGUCUGAACAUUUACCUAAAAUAGUGCCACGUCUGUACCGAUACCGGUUCGACCCUACGCCUCGUAUACAAAACUCAAUGGCUAGCAUCUGGCAUGCUUUAGUGUCCAACACACAGGCGACUGUGCACAAAUAUCACAAACAAAUCUUAGACGAUCUAGUCGCGAAUCUCACGUCCAACCAAUGGCGAGUGAGGAUGUCGUGCUGCAACGCCCUCGCUGACUUGCUACGAGGAGCUCAGAGCCUCCACGAUUCCAUCGAGCAGUUGCCCACAAUAUGGUUGCAGCUGUUCAGAGUGAUGGAUGAUGUGCAUGAAGGGACCAGGCAGGCCGCGACUUCUACAGCUAAUGUUCUUUCUAAGCUGUGCAUCCGAGCCGCUGAUGUGAACCAAGGUAAAGAUGGCAAGGAAAUCGUUUCUGUCAUUUUACCCGUUUUACUGGAAACAGGAAUUACUAAUGUUGUCAAAGAAGUGAGGAGCGUUAGUCUUCAAACUGUAUCGAAGAUGGUAUCAUCUGCCGGUGAAAGUCUAAAACCAUUCCUGCCGAAAUUGAUCCCCGCCCUAGUAGGCGCAGCGGGCGAGCUCGAGUCAGCUAAACUAUCGUACCUUAGUACCGCGUUGACUGACACCGGGACUCGUGAGAUGUUGGAUGAUUUAAGAGCUAAUGCUACCAGGCAACACUAUACUACUGAUACUGUUGUUAAGUGUAUGCCGUUUGUGGACAUAGAAGUAAUGAAGGAAAUGCUACCAAAAAUGCUGGAGCUCACUAAGUCUCCACAACUCGGCACUAAAGUCGCGUGUUCACACUUCAUUAUACUGGCCGCGCAUUACUUGAGAGCAGACUUGGAGCCUGUAGCGGGGAAAAUUAUGACCAACUUACUGAACGGCACUUUUGACAGGAACUCUACCGUAAGAAAGAACUAUGCUGAAGCGCUUGGACAAGUUUCUGCUUAUGCUAAGCCGCAAUCAGCAGAAAAACUGAUGAAAAAGCUGAUAAGUCUGUACGAGACAAAAGAAGACGAUAUAUCGCGAUCGGCCAUCGCACUCGUGCUCAAGGCCGUGGCCAAAGCCAAGAUUGAACAUAUUAAAGACAAUGAGAAUAUACUUGCACCUGUCGUGUUUUUGGCUAUGCACGCUCCUAAGGACGACGAUUUGACGACGGUGGAAACAUUCGAAGAAAUCUGGACAGACAUAAGUCCGGCACGCGAGAGUGGCAUCAAGCAGCAUUUGCCUGGCAUCCGUGCGGAGAUCGAAUUGGCUCUCAGUUCUAGUAGUUGGACUAAGAAAAUACAGGCGGCAAAUGCAAUAAAGACGAUAUGCAAAGAAUUGUCGUCAGGACUGGGCGACCAGAGAGAGCCUUUCUUAAGGGCAUUGCUUGCUGCCGUGCACGGGAAGACAUUUGACGGCAAACAAUACGUUAUCGAAGCGCUGGCGGAGAUGUGCGCAGUAAAAGAUGGCGAACCACCUAUUAAUCCCAGCUUAGCUUCAGACUGUCUUGACGCUCUUCUAGUAGAGAGUCGCAAGCAAGAGAUGGGCUACAAAAAACAUGCUAUUACAGCACUCGGACAGGCCCUCGCUGCUACAAACUGUGACCGAUUCCAGCAGGUGUAUGACAUCGUCAAAGCGGUGUUGUCUAAGGACGAAUUGUCCGUUAACAAAGAUUCCGAUGAAGAAGACAAUGAAGGCGCCCGGCUGAGGAGAGAACAAUUGACGUCACUAAAAGAAGCUGCAUACGAGUUAUUAGGCAAAGCGUGGCCUAAAGAUCCUAUUACGCAAGAGAAAUACCAAGAUGUAUUCUUCGAGCAUUGUGUGCGAUCUUUCCCUGUGAGCUCGCGAUCGACUCAACUCGCGAUUUUAGCAUCCAUUGCGCGCGUUCUCGAGAGACUGUCUGUAUUGAGUGCCGAAGGAGAACCGAUGGAAAUGGACAACUUGGCGGUUACUGGCAGAGAUAAAGCCUUAACCACCGUCAUUGGACACGUUGCAAAUAUAAUUGAUUAUACGCUUAAAAACAGCAAUCAAGUAAGGCACAGAAGGGACGCACUUAAUAUUUUAGAAAUAGUCAUAAAGCAUUUAAAAGCUUUGAACAAAACAGACGAACUCGAGAAGUUACGUUUAAUCUACCAGACGUACGCACCAGAUCUGUCAAGAGAUGCGUCUCAUGAACUUAGAACAAAAGUGGAUGCCAUUAAAGUUUAUUUUAAAUAAGCUCAACAUUGGCUU